AUUUGCGCCGACAUUUCGUGCAGCCGCAGCAGCACUGCAGAGGGAAGAAGAGAAAAGAGCUCCGUGCAUGAGUUAAUCACCAGUGUGUUUGUUGAGAAAUUUCUCGGUUGUAGGGCUGUUGUUUAGCAGUCAGUAUGGCGGUAGUCAUCAGGCUACAGGGUCUGCCCAUAGUAGCCGGCACCAUGGACAUCAGACACUUCUUCUCUGGCCUUACCAUUCCUGACGGGGGAGUGCACAUCGUGGGGGGUGAACAUGGUGAAGCCUUCAUCGUCUUCGCCACUGAUGAGGACGCUCGACUGGGGAUGAUGCGAACAGGUGGAGCAAUAAAAGGCUCUAAAGUGUCACUUCUGCUUAGCAGCAAGACCGAAAUGCAGAACAUGAUUGAGCUCAGCCGUCGUAGGUUUGAGGCAGGAGCAGGGGCUGUCGAGAUGGCUGCACCUGGAGGGGGAAAUGCCAACCGACAAGCUGGAGCUGCCCCCAUACCCACAGUGCAAUCUGUUGCAGGAGGGAGAAGUAGCGGCCAUGGAAAUCAGGCAUUCGGUAACACUCCUGCCUCAGUGACUGCAGCAAGUUCAUCUCAAGAGCCACCAAGCAACAAGGCAACUGCAAGUUUAGCCAGUGUGGUACCCAGCUUCCCGAACAGUUACAGUUCUGCCCCCACAAUUACAACAGCUUUGCCAUCACUCAAUGCAGGUCCACCACCCAUCCCCCCACUUCCCAGUAUGCCAUCCAUGCCCCCCAUGCCCACGCUUCCCACCAUUCCUGUUCCUCCUCCCGUGUCCUCCCUCCCUCCUGUUCCUACCGUCUCUCCAUUGGCCCAGGGUCCACCGGUGCCCCCGAUGUCACAUCUCCCCCACAUGUCUUCUCUACCUCCAUUCAACCCAUCUCUUCCUCCACCUGCAGGACUGGCCUCUGGCCUCCCUUUAGGAUCACCUAACCCGAUGCUGUUUAACCCUCUCUCUCCUUUGGCUUCGCUUGGACUUCAGGCCCAUAUGAAGGCUGCUGCUGCUGCAGCUACUGGAGUAGCAGUGGGCAAUCCUGAUGAGUUGUUUGUUCUCCUGCAGAACCUGCCGUUCUCCUGCUCAGAGGUGGAAAUCAGAGACUUCUUUCGGGGUUUGGGGGUGGAUGGGGUUCGUCUGUUGCGAGAUGGACAGGGUCGGCCAACUGGCAGAGCUAUUGUCAAGUUUUUCUCACCACAGGACAGUUUUGAAGCUGCUAAGCGAGGAGGUGGCAUGAUGGGCCAAAGAUUCAUUGAAAUCACUCCAGGCUCUGAACGUCAGUGGGCUAGCGUCACAGACAGUGGCACAGGUCAUAUUCAUCACAACAGCGGCAAACUGCAUACCAGCCAUGAGCCCCAUGAUCAUCACCACCGCCGUGGUAAUGUUGGGUCUGGAGGCAGAGACCAGCGAGGACGAUCACGAUCUCCUCAUCGACAGGACUACUGUGUCUACCUUAAAGGCCUUCCAUAUGAAGCGGAUAAGAAACAGAUUAAGGAGUUCUUCAAGAAUUUGAGUGUUGUGGAAGAAAGCAUUUAUAUUGCUUAUGGUCCUAAUGGUCGAGCCACUGGAGAGGGCUUCCUAGAGUUCAAAUCAGAACAGGAUCACAAGAAUGCCCUUGGCGCCCACAUGCAGUACAUGGGUACCCGCUUCAUACAGGUUCAUCCAAUCAGCCGAAAGGGGAUGCUUGAAAAGAUUGACUCCAUCCGCAAACGUGAAACAGUGGGUGAUGGAAAAAAUCAGGAUGGGAUGAAAGCUCCUAGGAAUUGCGCCCAUAUUACCAACAUCCCUUAUAAUAUUUCCAAGAAGGAUGUUCGGGCUUUCCUAGAAGGUUUAGGCAUUUAUGAAGACACCCUUAAGGUACUGACAGAUGACAAUGGCAAUGGUCUAGGACAGGCUAUAUUCCAACUGCAAACUGAAGAAGAUGCCUGCAAAGCCGAAAGACUGCACCGCCAAAAGCUCAAUGGCCGUGAUGCAUUUGUGCAUCUGGUGACCUUUGAGCAGAUGAAGGAAAUUGAGAGAAAUCCCCCACCCCAGAACAAGAGGGGCCAGCGCAGCCACAACCAACAGCAUCAAACUCAAACGCAAAAUCAGCACCAGCACGCCCAGCACGCCCAGCCUGGCCCGCAACCAGCACAGAUAAACCCUUUUCCUGGCAUGAGUGGGGAUGAGUUUAGCUUUCUCAGAAACACUAUGGGCAACAUCAAUAGUGCCCCUUUUGUGGCUCCAUUUUCAGCCCCAGGGAAUGGGCUUGCUGGCCCUCCUCCUCUCCCUCCAUUGGCCACUGGGCUUGGUGAUGUGAAUCUGAGUGUGGCUCCACCUCUAGUUGCGGGCCUUCCUGGAGCACCAAUCUUGGAUCCCCCAGGUUUUCGGCCAGGGGCUCCGGGAGGAGCCCCUUUCAGUCAGGAUGGACUGAGAGGCUUAGUGCCUUUUGAGAAUACCAACAGAAAAGGAGCUGGAGGACAAAACCGAGGUGGAGGGGCAAACAACAACCAGGGCCGCCCAGGUGGUGUACCAGCUGGCGGACAACAGGGCUUCUCUCCAGGGCCCGAAGGUCUGCGCAGCCCGCCUCCCCCCGUAGGACCCAGCAACCCAAAUGAUCAACGUGGUGCUGCUGGUCCCACAGUAGUAAAGCUUCAAAAUAUGCCGUUUACUGUGACUGUGGAUGAGAUUAUGGACUUCUUCUAUGGUUACCAGGUGCUGCCAGGCUCGGUGUGUUUACAGUUCAGUGACAAAGGCCUCCCAACUGGUGAGGCAAUGGUCGCCUUCCAAAAUCAUGAAGAGGCUACUGCUGCAGUUAUGGACCUUAAUGACCGACCGAUUGGCUCUCGUAAAGUCAAGAUAAGUCUGGGUUAAAGCUGCACAAUAAAACCGAGACCUGAAGACUGUAAAUAGGAUUUCAUUGUUGCCUGGAUUAAUAGUCCAGGUAUUGCAAAGCCAAUUUAAACCAUAUCUCUUAACUGUUAGAAGCCCAUCUUAGAACUGUCUUUGUCCUGACUGUCAUUCAUUACUGAAACACCUCCCUCUGUAGAUAUCGGCAGGUAAGCCCACCCCGCUUUUUGUUCAAUAGGAGGACUGUGAUUCAGAUUUGUCUUUUUUUCUGCCGCUGCUCUGACUCUAGUAGCACAAACUGAUGACGAUCAUGGUUUGAUGAUGUUGUUGAUAAAUGUAGUGGCAAAACUGAUCCUUUCUUACUUGGUUUCUAUCAUAAUGUCAAGUCCUGAGUUGGCACGCUGAACACUCUGCUGUUCGUGUUGGUAACAUGAUUGUAAAGUGGCUGAUAAACAUUGUUGCUCUAUACUGUUAAGUAUGCCGUGCUGCUAUGGUUUGAUAUUCACAUGCUCUGAUGCCAUGGUAAUAUCUUAACAUGCUCUCUUACUAUUGCUAUUGUAAAGUGAUGAACAGUAUGUUGCUUUGAUAAAAAAAAGUAUGUGCUGUUUCAAUGGUAAUGUUGUACAUGCCCUGUUGCUACACACACACACUGCUCUGGUAAAUGCUGUUACUGUGGUUUAACAUGCUGUAAGUGGAGGCCCUUCUACUACAGUGCUUUAAUGCUAUGGUAAAGUCUUUACAUUUCGCAUUGGCAUGAAGAAAAAUUGAUCCAUCAUGAUGACAUUUUUCUGUUCUUAUAUGGUAAAAUGUUGAUACUGUUCUGUGCUGCAACAUCUCUCUGUUGCCAUUGAAAGAAGCUGGAAUGGACAGAUUACUGUAUGUCAAUUAGGAUUCUGAUUUAUUGCCCUCCCUUUGUCACAUUUUUUAUAAUGCUGUAUUUAAGUGAUGCCACCAUCUCCGCCGCUUCCUUUUCCACAGCACAGGCUCACUAUUUGGACUUAAGAGCACAGAGAUGAAGUUUGUGUUUUUAGUUUGGUUGCUUUUUGUUGUAUGUGUAUUUUUUCUGACUGUUUUACCUUUUCCAACUCAUUUUUGUUCCUAGUGUCAUUUUGACCAAACUUGUAUCCUGGAAUAACCAUACGUGAUGUGGAGUGUCCUUCGCUUUGGCAAAUAAAAGGAUGUUCCCCUACCUGCA